AUGACUAUAAAUAAUUUAUUUAGUAGAAAUUGGCAGUGGAACAAAUUCACUGAUGAUACUUUAGCAGCUGUUGAAGCUCGUCUAUUUUCCCAUGUCAGAUCAAGAAUUACUUCGCAAUUUAUACCGAUAACAAUGGGGCGGAUAUAUACUGUCGUGGCAGAAUCUUCAAGAUCUUCAUCUGCUCGAAUACCGGUGGUUCUCAUACAUGGAUUUGCUGGAGGCGUUGGUUUCUGGGCUGCUAACAUCGAUGCUAUGGCAGAGAAUCGAUUACUAUAUUGUUUUGACUUGCUAGGUUUUGGCCGUUCAUCACGUCCUUCUUUUGCCGAAGAUCCGGCUUUAAUUGAAUUGCAGUUUGUUCAGUCAAUUGAAAAUUGGAGAAAAGAAAUUGGAAUCAGCAAAAUGAUUCUGAUAGGACAUUCUUUCGGAGCAUUUAUAGCUGCUGCAUACACGUUAGUAAAUCCUGAACGUGUGCGACAUUUAGUUCUUGUUGACCCAUGGGGAUUUACUGCAAAAUCUGAUAGGAAUUUUUCACAGAAUUUUCCGGCUUGGAUGAAGAUUGUAGUGCGAACAGUGUCAUUGUUUUAUCCAUUAUCAGCAUUACGCCUGGCUGGUCCGUAUGGAGUCACAUUAAUUAAAGCGCUGCGACCAGAUUUAGCUUUCCGCUUUCCCUGCAUCGAUUCAAAUGAUAUUUAUGAGUACAUAUAUAUGUGUAACGCUCAAAAUCCUUCUGGAGAAAUUGCUUUCACAAAUAUGAGCUUUUCGUUUGGUUGGGCUAAACGACCAAUGCUUGAAAGGCAAGUAAUACUGCUUAAUUUCAUUGUGACUUGUCGGUACUGUGUCGAGUCAUUACUAUUUUUCUUUUUAUAUGAUUCUACUUUCAUUAUAAUAAAAGCCUGCAUGAUACAAAAAUCAAAAAAAUACGGAAUCUUUUCUAGAAUAAUCGAUUUACCACCCAGUAUGUCAAUCACUUUUAUUUUUGGAAGCAGAAGCUGGAUUGAUUCGUCUAUUGGUGUAGAAGUGCAAAGCAAACGACAGAAUUCUUAUGUCGACGUUCAGGUGAUUAAUGGUGCUGGCCAUCAUAUUUAUGCUGACCAAACGGAGGUUUUCAACAGUGCUUUAUGUGAUUUAUUCACAAAAAUUGAUGCCGAUGAAGACAUUGUUACUCUUUCGAGAGAACAGUAA